UUGGAUCGUGGUCAUUUUCUAAGACAGGAUGGCCAUUACAACUUGUCAGAAGGUUACUCUUAUAUCAUGCUCUGUUCUUUGUUUGUCUCUAUUCCUGCCCAGGAUGUUUUUACCCAGAGGAAAAAUGGAGAGGACCCAGCCUGAGGUUGGACCUGGGUUUUAUCCUUCCGGUAUGCAUCAGUUGUCAGUGUCAGACGACCCAGAGCAGUGGGAGGUAGAUCCUUCUCGCUCCUUCACACACACCGUUGAAGCCAUGGCUAAAGUAAAAAGCAUUGGGCGGGGCAAGAAAUACAACCUGAUGGCUCAAGUCAUUCCAAUAUAUGGUUUUGGGAUUCUGCUGUACAUCCUUUAUAUUAUGUAUAAGCUAACAUGUAAGGGAAAAGUGAAUAAAUCAGGACACUAUUUUACAGAGAGGACAACAAACAUAUCAAAUACAAGUGCUACUGAUUAUGAGCUUGCCAGGCUUCAGGAGAAACUUCUAAGAACAGAAAUUAUGUUGGAGAGGAUUGUCUCUGAGAGGACUCACUGUUCUUCAAGCGGCAGAAGGCGCAAGAGCAAAGCUUCCAUAUCAAAGAAGGAAGAAACACUCCUGAGGCAACUCCGACAGAUCACACUGCUGAUGCAGGAGGGCCGUUUGGAGGGAGCCUCUCCUGAGAUGGAGGCUGAGGAGGUCCCUUACAGUUCAGAUUGGGAAGGCUAUCCAGAGGAGACUUACCCAGCAUAUGAUGAUCCCUGUCAUAGACAUAAGUAUGAGACCAUCAGGCUGGAGGAAUACCCCAGCCAACCCACUGCUGAGGCCCUUGCAGAGAGCAUGGAGCAGGAGGAGGAAGAGAUCAUGGCCAGGAAACUCUCUAUUGUGCAAGAGGAAGAUGAGGAGGAACAGGAAAAAGAAGAUGAUUUAGAUGAGGAGGAACAAGAGGGUGAAGUAGAUGAAGAAGUUGGGGAAAUAGAGGAGGAAGUGGAGCAAACAGAAGAGGACAAAGAGCAUAAAUAUGUGGAGGAGGACGAAGAGGAGGAAGAACAAGAAGAAGCUGAAAAGAAACAAUUGCUCAGUCCUGCUCCUCCUGUUUCUGGAAGAAAGCAGGAAAAAGUUGGUUUUGAGGCGAGCAAAGCGCUGCAACGACACAAGGAAGCAAAAAAGCAAAUAACCUUCAGUGACAAAAGACAUGUGUUCAAUUACCCCAAAGAGGAUAGCUAUGAGGAAGGGGAGGAAGAAGAAACGGAAGAUGAGAUGGAGGAGGGGACAGAAGUAGAAGAGGAAGAUGAUGAUGAUCCUCUGAUGGAGGCAGAAAGUCUGCUGUUUAGCUGUGAAAGCUCUUCAAAUCCAGAGGAACAAGCAGAAGAGGUUGAAGGGGAGUAUUUGCUAACUUUGGCACCAGUGGAAGACGAAGCUCAGAUUCAUGAAGAUGUCCCUAAAGAGGUCGAGCAGAGUGGCCUAAGGAUGCGAAACAGAAGAGAAAGAUAGUUUUACAGCAAAAUAUUUCAGUCCAUGAAAAAACAGUUAUCCCUCAAACGUUUAAACGCCAAACAAAACUUAACUGAGACAUGAUGUUUCACAAAUAAAAACAGUCAGCUAAAGAUAAUACUGAAAAAGGUUUUUGUUUUUUUCAUAGGAUUACUUUUGCUCCUAUAUAUUCCUUAUAAUCUGUAAUGAACUGGCAAACUGUCCACAGUGUACCACACCUCUCGCCCCAACAACUACUGGAGAUAGACAUCAGCGACCCUGCAACCCUGCAAGGACAAGCAGGUAUGGACAAUAGAUGAAUUGAUAUUUCCUAUAAUUUACAGGACAGAUCUAACCAAGGUCAUUGCAGAAAAUUAUGAUCAAGUUCAUUGAAGUUUAUUACACACAUGUGCAUAUUACAUAUCUAAUCAAUAGUGAAAUUAAUUUGUGUUGAGUGUGGAAUGUCAUUAGUUUACAGAAAUGUUUUUGCAUUUACUGACUCUGCAUUUGAUUCUUUAUAAUCAAACACUAACAGAUAGCUAGAUAAGAAUGAAUGUUUUUAAAUACUCCGAUUGCCUUUGUAUCACUAUGUAUUUGAAACGUUGUAAAUUCCUUCUUUCACAUAUUAUCAUAAUGGGUUUUUCACAGCUGUGACAGAGAGCUAAAGCUUUGCUGUAAAUGGGGGAAAUUCAGAAACAAAUCCCUUCUUGUUAAAAAUGAAAGUCUGCUUGGUUCACAUGACAAAUUUCAGAAACAAGCCAAAAAAAUUUCAGUCACCACAUUGCACAGAAUUUGUUGCCAACAUCCUGCCAGCAGACAAUUCAGUACACCAUAGAAGGCGCUUUUUAGUACCGAAAUAGGAAUAUUUUGCUCCUCCUUGCGGAUUGGUUUGGCUCAGCAGUAUAGAUUACACUGCAGCAUCAUGGGUGCUCUGAGAGCACCACAGAUUAUCCAAACUCCUCAUUGAAAUGAUUUCUCUGCAAGAAAAAGCUAUCAACAGUUUUUGCUGGCAAAUAACAUUACCAAAGACAAUGACCAUGAUUUAGUGAGAAAAUACAUGCAUUGUGAUUUUGCUAAAUAAUGAUGGACCUAAUUUUAAGCAUGUUGGAAAAUCUUUUUAGAAAUACUGAAAGAAACCUUUUUUGUAAUUUUUCCAACUAGAAAUGUUCUGUUUUUUAUUUUAUAUAUUGGCUUGUUUGCAAAUAUCAAGGCAUGUCCACUAACAUUUAUGAUUAUGUCCACCACCAAUUCCUAUCAUGCAGCUUUUUAUCAUCAAAUCGUGUGUGCUUUAUAAAAUCAUUUAUAGUCCAGUCAGGAAUCUUAACUUGACUCCUGAGCUGAAAAAACUUUUGAUCUGUGUUUUACAUUUGUGUGAUGUGAGCAACUCAAGUGCUCACGUUUUAACUGGAUAAUAAACUCUGCUGUGUAAUUUUAAAAGUACAGUCGCUACACUCCAGCUCUGCAGCAACAUCAUUUUUUUAUUAGACACAUUCAGUGUGAUUUUGUUUUGUUUUUUGUUUUUUUUUGUAUUUUUUGCAGCACUAGUCACCUUUACUUUUAUUUUUCCAAAGUAGGCAGACAGGAAGUGGGGCAACCACAUACUAUGCAGCAUAGGUCUCCGGGGUCAGGACUCUAUUCCAAUUUAAUAUGCUUGGUU